UGGGGGAGGGGACACUGAGGAGCCGCGCUGAGUUGACACAAAGUUCAUCUUCUUCAUCAUGUUCACUGCGCGCUUGAUCGAGCUGUCAGCAGCAGCAGCUAGGAGGCACUCACACAACGUGAGAACAGUCAGAUUAAUCACCAGCAAGCAAGUGGAAGAAGAAGAGAUGGAUGAGAACAAUGGGAGCUUGACCGGAGAGGAGAGCAGGGUCGAUAGUCUCAAUGAAGCGGCACUCUUAGCAUUGCUCGAGAAGACUGGCUACAGCAUGGUGCAAGAGAAUGGCCAGAGAAAGUUUGGUGGUCCACCUCCAGGCUGGGAGGGGCCUCCGCCGCCACGCGGCUGUGAGGUCUUCGUGGGCAAGAUCCCUCGCGACAUGUACGAGGACGAGCUGGUGCCGGUGUUUGAGCGGGCAGGCCGCAUCUACGAGUUCCGGCUGAUGAUGGAGUUCAGCGGCGAGAACCGGGGCUACGCCUUCGUCAUGUACACCACGCGCGAGGCUGCGCAGCGCGCCAUCCAGCUCCUCGACAACCACGAGAUCCGGCCCGGCAAGUUCAUCGGCGUGUGCGUCAGCCUGGACAACUGCCGCCUCUUCAUCGGCUCCAUACCCAAGGACAAGCGCAAGGAGGAGAUCCAGGAGGAGAUGACCAAGGUGACAGAGGGAGUUGUGGAUGUCAUAGUGUACCCCAGUGCCACCGACAAGACGAAGAACCGCGGCUUUGCCUUCGUGGAGUACGAGUCUCAUAAGGCCGCGGCCAUGGCUCGCAGGAAACUCAUACCAGGUACGUUCCAGCUGUGGGGCCACACCAUCCAGGUGGAUUGGGCGGAGCCGGAGCGCGACGUGGACGAGGAGACGAUGCAGCGCGUGCGCGUGCUCUACGUCCGCAACCUCAUGCUGCACACCAGCGAGGACACGCUGCGCGCCGAGUUCUCCCGCCUCAAGCCUGGCGCCGUGGAGCGCGUGAAGAAGCUCACUGACUAUGCCUUCGUGCAUUUUCACUCGAGGGAGGACGCAGUGGCCGCCAUGCACGCCUCCAACGGAGCGCUCGUGGACGGAUCGCCCAUCGAGGUCACGCUGGCCAAGCCGGUCAGCAAAGAUGGCGGCCGCAGGUUCAAUGGGCAGAGGAAUGGUGUUGGAGGGAUGGGGAUGCCUAUCGGGCCUUAUGGAGAUGCUAGCACUUUCGUCUUUCAGGGUAAGCCAGAGGACCUGGCCGGCAUGGCAGCCCUGACCGCAGGCAUGGGCGGCCUGAAGCUCAUCCCCAACGGCAACCAUGGCGGCGGGAGCAGCAACCAUCACCUGGGCCGCCCCCUCACCCUCCCCCCUCGCCUGGGCAGCCCGUGUGGAGCAGCUGCGGUGGCGGUGGCGGCGGGUCUGGAUGUGGAGCGCUGCGUGUUCCCCUUCCUGCCCGGGACUAACCUGCAGCCGGCCAGCCUGCAGGCCCUGAAGCCGGGCCAGCUGAGCACGGCCGUGGGCCUGCUGGAGUACCACUGCCUGAAGAACGGCUGGACGCCGCCCGAGUACUACCUGUUCUCCACGGGGCCCGCCUCGCAGGAGGGCAAGGCUCUGCUCAUAUACAAGGUGGUGAUCGGCAGUACGCGUAGCACCUUCAUGCCUGACAAGCUGUGCACCGUCCUGGAGGACGCCAAGGAGCUGGCUGCACAGCAGGCACUCUGGAGCAUGGACUGCUCGUACCUGGGCCAGGUGUCUCCGGGCAGCAUGUCCCCACCGGGCGCCUCCUCCUCCUCUUCCUGCUCCCCCUCCCCUGCCGGCCUGCUCCCCUUCGGCUGCCGGCCCGUGCCUUACCCCAGCUACCCCCUGGCCCCGCUCUCCCCUCCCCUUCCCCUCGCCAGCCCCCCAGGCCAGAGGAUCUACCUGUCAGGCCAGGCCCCCUACUACUAAGAAACCAGCCAUCCUCCUCCACCAGCCAGCCAGCCAUCCAGUCAGCCAUGAUGGAUAUGGUCGGUGAUGGAACAAUCCGGUUUCAGAAGUUAUACCAUCCAGUGCCACGUAUGCCAAGCAACCUGCCUUUACUUCUUUUUGGUAUUCCAAGUAAGUGGUUCAGUGGUAAACCAGGUUAAGUUAACAUGGAGGUAGGGGUGAAUCGGCCAAUAAAAAGAACCUGGAGCUCCUUGUUUCAUCUACUGAAUUGUGCCUUGCAGUUCAUCUAUUAGCAGGAUGGCCACUUUCUCUAGGUAAACUCAGCCAGGUUUAUCACUUGACCCUUUACGUACUUACUUAGUUACUCCUCCCCAGGUCCAAUUAGGCCUUUGGGACAAGCAUAAGGCUGCUUGUAGUAUGUGACACUGAAUUGUACAGCUUCUGAAUCCAUCCAUUUACCAUCCAGGAUAAUGCACACAGCACAGGCACACCAGCAGUAGUUACCAGCUAUCGCACUGACUUUGACGAUUUUUAGUCUGACUGCCAUCUUCUCUGCUUGUGUGUUGCUACGGUGAAGUGAAGACAGUGCGUUUUUGGAAAGUGUAUGGUGAGAGGAUUGGUCGUGUUGUAGAUAGUGUUUUCGGGGCGUUCUACAGGUUAAAAUGUUUUUUUUUGGGGGGGGGGGUGUAAGGGUGGUGUAGGGGUCGUUUUUUACUAUGUAACACCAAUUUAUAUUAAUUUUAUCAAUUUAGUGGUCAACAUCCUUUACAGUUGGAGGGAUAUUUGACACAGACAGGUUUGCGAUUGCAUUUCUUGACGUGUUCUUUGUUCUUAUCUUGGACCACUUGUGUUGUAUUUUUUAUAUGCUUUCAUAUUAUCUUUAUACUUCUAUAUUCCAAUUCUAAAAGAAUGUAUUUUAUAUCUAUAUGCAUUAACUGAACAUUGCAGUUCUGUAUUUAAUUUUGUAUAAUUCACUUUGUUGUUCACGUCAUGCAUAUGUUCCCUCUGAAACUAUGAAUAUGGCUGGGAGGCAUGGUUUGCAAGCUUCUGGCAUGUUUCGAAAAUGUUUGUGUCAUUAAUUUUAUUAGUUUAUUUACAACCCCAUUGUAUAUCAUUUAAUUUAUUUUUCCCCCUUUACAUAUUUGUAAUUUUGUUAUGUCAACCUAUUAUGGUUUAUAUUUUGAAAUGUGCUAUUUACAUUUGACGUAAUCCGUGUAUCUGAAUUUUCAGUAUUUUAUAUUAGUAUGCAUUCAUGUAAACCCAUUGUGAAGAUAUUCAAUAGCAUUUUUAAGUAAUCCUAAAUAAUUCUAAAUAAUUUAUUUAUUAACGUCUUAACACUAAACCUACACAACACAAAUUUUGAAAAAAAUCACGGAAACGAUCCAAAAUUAAGAAAUACAAUAGAAAUACAAUAGAACUGUCCAAGUUAUCAAUAUAUUUAUUAACGGAAGUAAUAUGAUAUUAUUAUCACUGAAAUUCAUACACCAAAAUUGAUCCUGUAGUAAUUCGAUACACUAUAAAAUGUCUCAUGUUAAAAUCACUCUCCUUUGUCAAUGCAUACAGUAAGUGUUUUUGGUAACACUUGGUUUAUUUGAUGUGGUCUGCAUACUUUAAAUGUGUCAUACAACUGUCAUAAAACAUGAUAUGAAACGUCUGGAACAUUCACGACACAGUAUAUUUAUGACUUUUCAUAAAAUGCCAUUUUGGUUUUUGAAAGAUGAAGUUGUCACCAAUAUUGGUAGGGUGUCGUGGCAUUCCAAAAACCAAAUGUCAUGACGGGUCAUAUACAUCAAUAAUGUGCCAUUAAUGUUCUUCCUGACAUGUUGUGUCAUUCUUAUGACUGUUACAUGACACCCUUAUGUACACCGCAUCAGAUAAUAUGUUAUCGUUUUUUGUUUUUUGUUUUGUUGCUUCUUCAACUUUUGUUUGUUAUUUGUAAUAGUGAGCCUGCGAUGUCCUACCACAACGAUGAAUUUUUCAGGUGCACUGUAUCUAUUUAAAAACACAACACAGAGAAACAUUACCCGUUAUUAUUACGUAUUACCGUAUACAUAACCUAUCGGUAUUUCACUUUUUUCCACUUAAAACAAGUUGUUAUUAGCGUUCUGUUUUUUUGGUUGUCAAAAGUUAUUUUUUCCUAUGUUACCCAGUUUGUCUUCUGUUGCAUACAGAGUUGAGUAGAAUGAUAGUACAGUGUCAGUUUGAGUCUGACUUUUUAACUCUUUUUGAUCAUGGGAAAAACAAAAAUAAACUGAUGGACUGUU